GAGUCUCACAUACCGUUUCGCGCCGUUCAAUAAUUGUCAAAAGGAUGGUCGUCAAUUCCAUAUGACUAACCUCGUCCAAGUGGGACCGCAAGCACACUUUGUCGGUAGACUUGAGUGGCCGUACGAUGCGACGAGGAUGAACACCCAUCGACUCGACGGGGAAACUCGGGACAUCGAGCAGUUCCACGUUGACCUCAACACCACAGGCGAAUCCUGGGAAAAGGUUUCCGUGGACAUUUUCGUGCAUCGCAAUGGGACAAAGGUUCAUCUGACUAGCACCAGUCAACCUCAGGACUUCUGGUUUGCUCAGUCCAUCGACUUCAGAGGCGACUUGCCUAGAACUCUAACAAUCACGAGGCUAUCUCACAGCUGUGAUUCUGUGGGAUUUUAUUAUGGUGAUCCCUUCGACGAUGGGUACAGCUGGUUCUGGUUCACCUCGGAUGACGAAGGUAUUGGUGAGUGGGCUUACACCAAUGGAGGUAAGAACUCUAGAGCGCGAUACUGUCAACAGUGAGCUUUGACCGACGAUCAACAAGCGAUCGUUGGACGCAGAAUGCUUCGCUCUUUUCCCGGCUGGUGAAAGGAGCUUCAUUGUCACAACUUUAAAUAUCUUUGGCUGAUCUUGACUGCCUAAAGAGUAUAUCUGAACUCUGUUAAACCUUCC